AUGGACAUCUCCAAUGCCUUUCUCCAUGGCACACUUCAUGAAGAAGUUUAUCUUGUUCAACCUCAGGGCUUUGUUGAUGCUACUCGGCCUACUCAUGUUUGUAGGCUUCACAAAGCCUUAUAUGGUCUCAAACAAGCCCCGAGGGCUUGGUUUUCCACCUUUUCUCAGUUUCUUCUCUCCAAAGGUUUUAAGUCUAGCCACUGUGAUUCCUCAUUGUUUGUUCUUCAGACAUCUACUGCUCUUACAGCUCUUCUCAUUUAUGUUGAUGACAUACUUCUUACUGGUAGUGAUCCUUCUUAUAUUGCUCAACUUGUAUCUCAAAUGCAUGCCACGUUUGCCAUGAAAGAGCUGGGUACCAUGUCUUAUUUUCUUGGGAUUGCUGUUCAACGUACAGCUCAGGGUUACUUUCUUUCACAGCAUAAGUAUGCUUUGGAAAUCCUCGCCCGAGCUGGUAUGGUGGAGUGUAAGCCUUAUAAUUCUCCUAUGGCUGUUAAACAUACUGUUAUGUCUGAUGAUGAUCUUCCUUUUACCAAUGUUUCUCUGUAUCGUGGUAUUGUUGGCGCCCUUCAAUAUCUGACCAUUACCAGACCAGAUCUCUCUUUAGCAGUUAAUUAUGCUUGUCAGCAUAUGCACCACCCUACGAUUGGUCACUUUAAGGCUGUCAAACGUCUUUUGCGGUAUCUCAAAGGCACUAUUGAUCAAGGGUUGUCCUUUUCUCCUGGCGAUUUUGUUCUUACUGGUUAUUCUGAUGCGGAUUGGGCUGGUAACUCUGUGGAUCGUCGAUCCACUACUGGCUAUUGCAUGUUUUUGGGGUCUAAUCUCAUUUCUUGGACAGCCAAGAAGCAGCCCACUGUUGCCCGCUCUUCUACCGAGGCUGAAUAUCGUGCUCUUGCACAGGCAGCUGCAGAACUGAGUUGGUUGGUUAUGUUGCUUCGUGAUCUUGGUAUUUCAGUUGCUUCUCCUCCUGUUUUAUGGUGUGAUAAUCUCUCUGCUAUUGCAUUGGCAUCUAACCCCGUUUUUCAUGCUCGGUCAAAGCAUAUUGAAGUCGAUUAUCACUUUAUUCGGGAAAAAGUCUUGGCUCAUAAUCUGGUGGUUCGUCAUGUGCCUACUUCUGACCAGUUGGCUGACAUUUUUACAAAGCCCCUUAGUGUUGCUCGAUUUCAUUAUCUUAAAGACAAGCUUAUGGUGUGUUCUAAUCCCACCAUUCGCUUGCGGGGGGAUGUUAACGAGUCUACAUCAGCUUCUAUACAAGGCACUGCCACAUGGGAUAAUUCCACUCAACCGACUUAGUCUGCCAUAGCAAUUAGUUAGGAAAACAGAAUUAGUUGUACGUGUUAAGUAUAACUACUUGUAUUAGAGUUAGUUAGAGCUAAGUGAG